UGAACCCAUUUGAAUGAAUGGACUCGUCCUCCUCUAACCGCUUUUGGUAAAACCCGCCGAAUGUGUAUUUAUGCAGAUCAGUCAAAACAUGAGUUAGGUAUAAGAGAAUUCCCGAGGAAAUACAGCGGCAACAACACUCAAUAGGUUGGAAAAGCAUCAGCUUGAGUGAAGAUGGCAGCACUAGUCUUCCUUCGCGUUCUUCCUCUCCUCACCACCUCGUCCUAUCUUACUUUCACAAUCGCCGAGGACCUCUACUUCAAACCCUACCUAGAGCCCUCGGUCGUCGGAGUUGCCGAUCACCUUCUCCCAUCCUAUAUCACCGUAUGGUACAACCGGGGCAUGACUCUCAUCUCCAUCAUAUACCCGUUAACCUGGUGCACGGCCAUUGUGGAUCUCCCGGUGGCCCAUCUGUGGCAUACUAGUAUCGCAGCCUUCGUCUUGUAUCUCCUCGGACUCCUCUUCAGCAUUGCACACAUGCUCUGGGGACCUCAAGCAAUGAAUCUCCUAAACUCAACUAAGAAGCAAGACAGCUCAGGAAUCACGGAGAUUCCUCGUCGAUGGUGUCGAAUGAAUCUGAUUCGGGGCGCCUUGGUGGAUGUGCCGGCCUGGGGCUGUUUUCUGGCUGGAUUUCUUGUAUGGGAAAGUGCGCGGUGGCCUGAAUCUCACCUCGGAACUAGAUUAAGGCUCUAUCAUUUUUCCUGAGUAGCUUGGGCGUCGGGAUGUCCAACAUCACCCAAAUUCAGUAGAGAGCAAUCGGCGGGUUCGGCUUUUUUACGACUGUAAGCGCAAUGCUCGCCUGUAGAACUAUGUACAUACAUAGGGAGAAAAUAGGUAUCAUUGUGCCCCGAAGCGCAUUAUACAGGUCUCUGAUCCAAUCCGGUGAGGAUCGAAAGUAAUGGUUACCUCCCAGGAGUUCCAAUUUUAUAAUUUCAAUGUGCUGGAGUAACCAUUCUCCAAGCCCUAAUGUACUUCUAUACACACAUCUAACUUUCCU